AACAUGGUGGAGGUGGUGGUGGGGGGGGGGUCUCCUGGACCGACAGAUAGAGAAAGAGGCAGCGUCCAGUUACAAUCUCUAUCUCCCACACUGGAAACCCGAGGACAGUUUGGAGGCCCCUGCGCUGGCUAGCGCGGGCAAGCUAAUACCAGCUGAAACCCCAUCUCUGAAGGUUUAAUAUUUAAACAGUGUUGAGAGCUUCGUUCCCUCCCCAAAAGGCUGAGUCAGUUCAUAGCUUCCCAGCUGUCCGUCUAUACCUGUACAGGACAGCAGGUCUGCCACACCACAGCUACCCUGAGGGCCUCAGAUCUGAUCUCAGUUUUUGGGGAAAAGGUGCCAUUAUUCAAACCAUACAUGCUAUGACACACUGCUGCACAUAGACACACACACCAACGUGGACACAUACGACUGCACACACACACACACUCGCACACACACAUAAAGCCCCUCUUGGAGACACGCACCAUGUACGUGAACUCCUCAGGAACAGAGAACGUUUCCUUGUCCCUCACCUUCCUGGGGAAGAAAGUAGGAAGGCGCUGCGCUGUUGCCCCGGCAUCAAAACAACGCGCCUGGGAAACCACCACCCUGUCUCCAUGCCCCGAGGACACGGUGGGGUCCCUGCGGGGUCGCCCUGCCCCCGUGACCGUGUCGCUGGUGGAGGAGUUACCGGGCAGCGUGCCGGACCUCCGAGAGGAGGUGGUGCACCAGCAACCGUGCACGGUCCACAACACACACUUGGACCAGGACCGAGGUAGACGUAAAAUCCGCGUGUUCUGUCGUAUCCGCCCGGCGAGCCGCGCCGAGGCGGCCCAGGGCGGGGCCGUGGUCGUGCAGCGUCUCGACGACUACUCCGUGACCGUGGAAACGGCCCGCGGGCCUCGGGAGUUCCAGUUCGACCGGGUGUUCAGCACGGAGAGCUCACAGGAGGACAUAUUCCAGGACACCAACAGGCUGAUCCAGUCAGCCAUAGACGGCUACAACGUGUGUAUCUUUGCCUUCGGUCAGACGGGAUCAGGGAAGACCUUCACCAUGGUGGGGGACAAGGAGCAGAGGAGCCCUGGAAUCAUGCCCCGUGCCUUCAACGCCAUAUUUGACAUCGUCCAGGAGAACGCCGGCAAGUUUGAUUUCAAGGUCUCGGCCUACAUGCUGGAGCUGUACAACGACCAGCUGCAGGACCUGCUAGCGAGCGGCCCUGAGGGCCGAGGCAGGCGGCUGGAGAUCAAGAGGAACAGAAAGGGGCUUGUGUUUGCCCAGGGAGCCGACACCAGAGACGCCUCCAGCGCCACCGAACUGUUCGCUCUGUUCCAGCAGGCCUGCGCCAACCGCCACAUCUCCUCCACCAAGAUGAACGUGGAGAGCUCUCGCUCACACCUCAUCGUGGGCAUCGUGGUGGAGGGCAGGAACCUGACCAAUGGGAGCGUGAGCUGCGGAAAACUGAGUCUGGUGGACCUGGCCGGCAGCGAGAGGGCCGCCAAGACCGGCGCCAAGGACCAUCAGCUGAAGGAGGCCAACUCCAUCAACAAGUCCCUGAGUGCCCUGGGCGACGUGAUCUCGGCUCUGUCCCUGGAGCUGCCCCACGUGCCCUACAGGAACAGCAAGCUGACCCAGAUCAUGCAGGACUCCCUGGGGGGCAACGCCAAGACCCUCAUGAUCGCCAACGCCUCGCCCUCCGAGUGCAACGUGGACGAGACCCUCACCUCCCUCAUCUAUGCGACGCGAGUGAAGGCCAUCACCAACAACGCCCAGAGGAACCUGGACAGCAAGGAGAUAGCCCAGCUGAAAGAGGUGAUAGUGAAGCUGCGCUCGGGGGAGACCGUGGAGGAGGAGGACGUCUGAGGUCACCGGGGGCUGAGCUCUGCUCGGCUGGAAGGCCUCACACUGGGACGAGCGCUGCCCGCCUGCAGGCCUCACCGGGGGCUGGGACGGGAGGCUUUCAUUGGCGCACGCAGCAGCGAAUCCACACGCAUUUGGGCCGUGUCCAUGAUCAAAUAAAAAC